GUUUUGCUUUUUUAAGUGUAGUCUGACAAUUUCCCCUUUUAAAGUAUUUAUAACACUUACAUUUUAAACAUUUAUAAGUGAACUAUAGUUCAGAGGCAUUAAAUACAUUCACAUUGUUGGACAACCUCCACCACUAACCAUCUCCAGAAUGUUAAUUCUUCUCAAGUUCAAACUCCUUGCUCUGUGGGCCCUGGGAACCAGUAUACUGUGACUAUGAACUGCUCUGAGGAUGCCUACGAAUGGGUCACCUAGUGCUCGUCCCAUAUGACUGGCACAUCUCUGCACCAGGGCCUGGCCUCCAUGUUCUCAAGCCGCACAUCCCGGAAGUCAAUCCCACGUGCAGAGGACGAGGAUACCAUGGUGGAGGGUGGGGGGUACCGGAAUCCCACGGAGGUGCAGAUGAGCCAGUUGGUGCUUCCCUGCCACACUAACCAGCGUGGCGAGCUAAGUAUUGGGCAGCUGCUCAAAUGGAUUGACACCACGGCCUGCCUCUCAGCGGAGAGGCAUGCCGGCUGCCCCUGUGUCACAGCCUCCAUGGAUGACAUCUAUUUUGAGCACACCAUUAGUGUUGGCCAAGUGGUGAAUAUCAAAGCCAAGGUGAACCGAGCUUUCAACUCCAGCAUGGAGGUGGGCAUCCAGGUGACCUCUGAGGACUUGUGCUCUGAGAAGCAGUGGAGUGUAUGUAAGGCCUUAGCCACCUUUGUGGCCCAUCGGGAGCUCUCCAAGGUGAAGCUGAAACAGGUCACACCAAGGACAGAGGAGGAAAAGACUGAGCACGGUGUGGCUGCUGAGCGAAGGCGCAUGAGGCUGGUCUAUGCAGACACCAUCAAGGAUCUCCUGGCCCACUGUGCCAUCCAAGAUGAUCUGGACAGCAGGGAUUGCAAUCACAUGGUGCCAGCAGAGAAGACACGUGUAGAGAGUGUGGAGCUGGUCUUGCCCCCCCAUGCCAAUCAUCAGGGUAACACCUUUGGGGGUCAGAUCAUGGCCUGGAUGGAGAAUGUGGCCACCAUUGCGGCCAGCCGGCUCUGCCGGGCCCACCCGACACUAAAGGCCAUCGAGAUGUUCCACUUCCGAGGCCCCUCCCAGGUCGGGGACCGUCUGGUGCUCAAGGCCAUUGUGAACAACGCCUUCAAGCACAGCAUGGAAGUGGGCGUGUGUGUGGAGGCCUACCGCCAGGAGGCUGAGAGCCAUCGGCGACACAUCAACAGUGCCUUCAUGACCUUUGUGGUCCUGGGUCCUGACGACCAGCCCCAGAAGCUGCCCUGGAUUCGGCCCCAGCCUGGGGAGGGUGAGCGGCGAUACCGAGAGGCCAGUGCCAGGAAGAAGAUCCGCCUGGACAGGAAGUACAUUGUGUCCUGUAAGCAGGCAGAAGUGCCUCUCUCCGUCCCCUGGGACCCAAGCAACCAGGUAUACCUGAGCUACAACAAUGUGUCUUCACUCAAGAUGCUUGUGGCCAAGGACAACUGGGUUCUAUCCUCGGAGAGCAGUCAGGCCCGCCUGUAUAUCCUGGAGGAGGAUAAGUUCCUCUCCUUCCACAUGGAGAUGGUGGUACAAGUGGAUGCAGCCCAGGCCUUCCUACUGCUCUCUGACCUGCGACGGAGGCCAGAGUGGGACAAGCACUACCGGAAGGUGGAGCUGGUACAGCAAGUGGAUGAGGAUGAUGCCAUUUACCAUGUCAUCAGCCCUGCUCUCGGUGGGGACACCAAACCCCGGGACUUUGUGAUCCUGGCCUCACGGCGGAAGCCCUGUGACAAUGGGGACCCCUAUGUCAUUGCACUGAGGUCAGUCACACUGCCCACACAUCGUGAGACUCCAGAGUACCAGCGUGGGGAGACCCUCUGCUCCGGCUUCUGCCUCUGGCGUGAGGGGGACCAAUUGACUAAGGUAUCCUACUAUAGCCAGGCCAUUCCUGCUCUUCUCAACUACGUGACUGCCAACGUGGCUGGCCUGUCCUCGGAAUUCUACACCACCUUCAAGGCUUGUGAGCAUUUUCUCUUGGGCAACCGUAAUGACUUGGCCCCCAGCCUCCAGACCCUCUAAAUAUUCCCUCCACUCAGCCCAAGGACUCACAAUGCGUAGAAAAAGCCGGAAGUAUUUAUUUGUUCUGCUUCCCCACCUUCCCAAGGAAGCCUUGACCCUUGCAGAGGUCAGCUGUCUCAGCACUGGUUAGCUGGGAGAUCAGUUCCUGCCAAUGUCUGCCAGCAAGUCUUUGCGGUACUCCUGGGGUAGUCUGUAGUAGAUUCGGGUUUUGUCCACGGCCCUGGCUGCCAGCAACCCUGCCCGCACAGCUGCAUAGCUGCUCCCAGCAAAACUGUCCUGCAGUGUGACUGUAGCCCUGGGGGAGGAUGCCAGCAGCCUGGCCACAACUCCCUCUGGGCUCUGGCUCAGUGCUGCAGCCUGCAGUUGAAAGGACACAGGUUGCCUGAGUCCCUUACACAGCUCCAGCAUAUCAGUGAUCAGCUGCUCUCUGUAGCCACUGCCCAACACCUCCUCUGGCCAGCCAGGUGCCACAGUCACAUGGGGAAAAACCUCAGUCACAGCUGUGACUAACUCUUGACCAAUCACAUGACCGGGGGACACAAAACUUCCAUGCGAGAUUGUAGCCCCUACCCACACAGGUCGAGGCAGGCGGUCAAGGGUAGAGAGGUGUGCUAGGAUGGUCAAGGAUGGCAAGAGGGCUGCAGGAUCCACUAUGUGCACGUGGAUGCCCCAGCGUCCAGGGCGUGUGGCCAACUGCAGCAGGCACUGCUUCAGGGUCAGGACAGAGCCACCUGGGACAAGCACAAUGGGCACAGGGUCUCUGGCUGUUGUUUUCUGGAGGCCAAUGUCCAGCAGGAUCAUGCCUUCUCUAUCUGGAAGAGGCAAUAGAUCCAGGGGUCCAGGUUACCAUAGGAUGCCAAAGUCUCUUGUAGAAGGGGCAGUGGAGGAUGGAGGAGAGGGUCAUGGGGACAGCCAAGGAAGAAGAGCUAUUGCUAGCUCAGUAGUAGAAUCUGCUGAUCUGGGCUUGGGUUCCAGGUACUCUGCCUGCUAUCUGUCAGAUCAGCACGGAUGAGCUGCCAGCUCAGCUCUUAACCUUUAUUUAUGACACUGCCCUGCACCCUGCACCCUGCUCCUGCUCCUUGCAGAGCCCCAUGCUCUUUACACUGCUGUACUGCUUCCCCCACCCUUCUUUGUACCCAGUGUAUGGAUGGCAUGGGCUGAUAUUGCCACACACAGGCCAGCCCCGCUGGUUAGCCUGGAGCUCCGAGGCAGUGGGCACUCACCAGGGAUGGUAAUUGUUGUUCCACUAUUGCUGUGAACUUCUGGAACCAACCACUCCACACUCAGACCAUCACCCCAUGGCAGCUGGAGAAGAGGGACCAAGCUGCUGCCUGUGUAGUAGGUCCGCUUCCGUGUGUCAUUUACUGUGGGAUGCAAAAUUGGCCAGAUGAAGUGGCUGCCAUUCAGGGAGUGCCUUCUGUAUACCCAAAGGCUACUGCAUUCCCCCUAAGCCUUACCUAGCUACCCACGGGGUAGCCUUCACGUCCACCUUUGCUAGCUAGAGAGAAGUGAUUGGUCACAGGGUUGCUGGGAUUAGAACUGGAUGGAACCAGUCAGAGCUGGUUGGCCCCCAAGCUGGUAUCAUCCCCCGUUCCCUUAAGUGACUACUACUGAGUCUGAUGUGACCUGAUAUGAGGACAAGGGCUUGCCUAGAAACACCUGAUCAGGGGCUGGG